CAAUCAGUUCGACUGGCACCUCUCUGCUUGUGAUAUUACGAGUGUCAAAGUUCCAAAUGAAAUGUGACUAGUAGCUACAGACUAGCAAUCAGCAUUUGUCACGUGUAGUACGAACUAGUCAUCGUAUCAUUAAUUAAGAGCAUUUAUUUAAAAAAAAAAUGGGUAAAGGUCGACAAAAUAAGCCGAAAAAGAAUUUUGCUGAAAAACGUCGUGAAAAAUUAAAGAAAAAAGAUACAUGGGAUAGUACUCCUUGUAGGAGCUAUGCAGAUAUUAUUCGAGAGAACAAAGAUUUUGAAAAUUAUUACAAGAUGCAAGGAAUAGUUCCAGAAGAUAAAUGGGAUGCGUUUAUCAGCACUAUAAGAACUAACCUACCAGUUGCUUUCCGUAUUACUGGUUCAAAAUCUGAAGCUAAAGCCUUAUUAGAGAUAAUUAAAGGAGACUUUUUCAAGGAAAUUUUAAAUGCAAAUUUGGAUAGUAAUAAAGAGGUUGCUGAUGAUCCUGCAAAAACUAUAUUACAUAGUCUACCCUUUUAUCCAGAGGAAUUAGCUUGGCAAUUGCAAUUAACUAGGAAAGAUAUUCGACGAUCUGAGGCAUACUUUAAACUGCAUAACUUUCUUAUUGCUGAAACUAAUAACGGCAGUAUUAGUAGACAGGAAGUAGUUAGUAUGGUUCCUCCUUUGGUUUUGGAUGUUAAACCUUCGCAUAAGGUUCUUGAUAUGUGUGCGGCACCAGGAUCAAAAACAGCGCAACUUAUAGAAAUGAUACAUGCAGAUGAAGCAAAUAAUCUUCCGGAGGGUUUUGUGAUAGCCAAUGAUGUUGAUAACAAUCGCUGCUAUAUGUUAGUGCACCAAGCUAAAAGGCUGAACAGUCCAAAUAUUCUUAUCACAAAUCAUGAUUCCUCAAUUAUGCCGAACUUUAUGAUUACAAAAUCAGAUGGUACAAAAGAUGUAUUAAAAUUUGACAGAAUACUUGCAGACGUUCCAUGUAGUGGUGACGGUACUACGAAAAAUCCAGAUAUAUGGUGCAAAUGGAGUCCUGCUAAUGGCAGUAAUCUCCAUGGAAUUCAGUAUAGGAUAGUGAAACGUGGCCUAGAAUUACUAGCAGUUGGAGGAAGAAUGGUUUAUUCCACGUGUUCGUUAAAUCCCAUCGAAAAUGAAGCAGUACUUCAUAGGAUUCUUAGUGAGACUGGAGACUCAGUACAGUUAGUUGACUGUAGAAAUUUAGUACCAGGAUUGAUAUGUGACCCUGGUGUUACAUAUUGGAAACCGGCAUCUAAAAAUUUACAAUAUUAUGAAAGCUGGGAUGAUGUUCCAGAACAAUGGCAAACACAAGUACGGCCAAAAAUGUUUCCUCCAAAAGCAAACGAAGCUUCUAAAUUUCACCUUGAACGUUGUAUGAGAAUAUUACCUCAUCAUCAAGAUACUGGAGGUUUCUUUGUGGCUGUUUUGGAGAAAGUAAAAUCUCUGCCAUGGGAAAAUGAAAAUUGUUCAUUAAAGCAAAAUAUACAGAAUGCAAGUGAUAAUAAAAAUAAGACGCUUGAAGAAGAAACUUCACAGGAUACAAAAUUUUCAGAAAAUGGAAAAAGAACUUUAGAAGAAGAAAAGAAAUCACGAGAGCCACAAAAGAAACGAAGGAAGAUAGUCGGUUACAGAGAAGAUCCAUUUGUCUUUUUCAAAGAUGAAACAGAAGAUGUAUGGCAAUCGAUUAAAGAUUUUUAUGGUAUAUCUGACGAUUUGGAUCCACGUUGUCUACUAGUAAGAUGUCAUGAAGGAAAAAAGAAAAAUAUUUAUUUCACAUCACCAGCAAUUCGUGAUGUGGUGAUAUCAAACGAGAAUAAAGUAAAAAUGAUCAAUACCGGCGUUAAGACAUUUGUGCGAUGUGACAAUAAAAAUAUGAAUUGCGCCUUUAGACUUGCUCAAGAAGGAAUGCAUAGCAUUAUUCGUUACAUAAGUAAUGACAGAAAAGUUCAGAUUUCGAAAGAAGAUUUAAUAAUGCUUUUACAAAAUGAUGAUCCACAUACACCACCUGAAAUUGUAAAAUUAAGUUCAGACACUCAGGAACGUCUCAAGGAAUUUGCAACUGGAAGUUGUAUAUUGUUAUACGAAGAAAAGAAGACUGACAAUAUAAAUCUAAAUCUCCAACUAGUAGGAUGGAGGGGAACAAUGUCUCUUAGAGCAUAUGUGCCUACUUGCGAUGCGAUUCAUUUUUUACGACUUUUAGGAGCGGAUUGUUCUAAAUUUGAGAAAAACAAAUUUGAGGAAAAUCGUGCAGCUGCAUUAACUGAGGAAACCAAUAACGAUGAAGUCAAAACUGAAGAUUGAUGAAAAAGUUAUAACAGAAAAGUUAUAACAGAGGAUAAUAUCCAGAAGCUGAUAAUGAAUUAAAAUUAAAUUAUUCAUUACAAUAUAAUUAAGAUUUACCAACUUUUCUAAUUUCUU